CCAGAGACCUGGCAGUCGCCAUGACUGGCUGGCUGGUGUCGUCAAGACACCGAGGCUUCGGGCUCUUUUUCUUCUUGCGUCUACACCGCCUCCUGUUGUUUCUGGUUUUGCUUGGGACCCUGGCCAACAAACUUAACGUGCCACAGGUGUUGCUACCCUUCGGCCGAGAGCCAGGCCGGGUGCCUUUCCUGCUGGAGGCGCAGCGGGGCUGCUACACUUGGCAUUCCACCCAUCAUGAUGCAGUUACUGUUGAGCCUUUAUAUGAAAAUGGCACCUUGUGUUCCCAAAAAGCUGUACUCAUUGCUGAAUCUACACAACCGAUACGCCUCAGCAGUAUUAUUCUUGCUCGAGAAAUAGUGACUGACCAUGAGCUACGCUGUGAUGUUAAGGUUGAUGUGAUAAACAGCAUUGAAAUUGUAUCUCGGGCCCGGGAACUUUAUGUAGAUGAUUCGCCACUGGAACUGAUGGUGAGGGCAUUGGAUGCUGAAGGAAAUACUUUUAGUAGUUUGGCAGGGAUGAUGUUUGAGUGGAGCAUUGCCCAGGACAACGAGUCAGCAAGAGAAGAACUGUCUAGCAAAAUUAGGAUUCUUAAAUACUCUGAAGCAGAAUAUGCUCCCCCAAUAUAUAUAGCUGAGAUGGAAAAAGAGGAGAAACAAGGAGAUGUGAUUUUAGUGUCUGGGAUUAGAACUGGUGCUGCUGUUGUAAAAGUUCGAAUUCAUGAACCAUUCUAUAAGAAAGUGGCAGCAGCAUUAAUACAUCUGCUUGUUUUGGAGAAUAUAUUUCUUAUACCAUCCCAUGAUAUUUAUCUCUUAGUAGGAACAUAUAUUAAAUAUCAAGUUGCAAAAAUGGUUCAAGGGAGAAUGACAGAGGUGAAAUUUCCCCUGGAACAUUAUAUACUGGAAUUGCAAGACCAUAGAGUUGCACUUAAUGGGUCUCAUUCUGAGAAAGUGGCUAUACUGGAUGACAAAACAGCCAUGGUGACUGCCUCACAACUGGGCCAGACUAAUCUUGUCUUUGUCCAUAAAAAUGUUCAUAUGCGAUCUGUGUCUGGACUCCCAAAUUGCACCAUAUAUGUUGUAGAGCCUGGAUUUUUAGGUUUCACUGUCCAACCUGGAAACCGAUGGAGUCUAGAGGUGGGACAGGUAUAUGUCAUUACAGUAGACGUCUUUGAUAAAAACAGCACAAAGGUCUAUAUUUCAGAUAAUCUCAGGAUUACACAUGACUUUCCUAAGGAGUACUUUGAAAAGCAACUAACUACUGUGAAUGGAUCUUACCACAUAGUAAAAGCCCUGAAAGAUGGUGUCGUGGUAAUAAAUGCAUCCCUGACCUCCAUCAUUUACCAGAAUAAAGAUAUUCAGCCUAUAAAAUUUCUAAUCAAACACCAACAAGAAGUGAAGAUUUAUUUUCCCAUCAUGCUUACACCCAAAUUUCUGGCAUUUCCUCAUCAUCCUAUGGGAAUGUUAUAUCGUUAUAAAGUACAGGUAGAGGGUGGCAGUGGCAACUUUACCUGGACUUCUUCUAAUGAAACAGUGGUCAUAGUAACCACGAAAGGAGUGGUGACUGCAGGUCAGGUCAGGGGGAAUAGUACUGUUUUGGCCCGAGAUGUACAAAAUCCCUUUCGAUAUGGAGAAAUUAAGAUACAUGUCCUGGAACUGAACAAAAUGGAACUGUUACCAUUUCAUGCUGAUGUGGAGAUUGGCCAGAUUAUAGAAAUCCCUAUUGCAAUGUAUCACGUAAAUAAAGAGACCAAAGAAGCCAUGGCAUUCACAGACUGCUCUCAUUUAUCCUUGGAUCUGUACAUGGAUAAACAAGGAGUCUUUACUCUUCUCAAAGAAGGUAUUCAAAGACCUGGACCAAUGCAUUGUUCCAGUACACAUAUCGCAGCUAAAUCUCUCGGCCAUACUCUGGUAACAGUAAGUGUGAAUGAAUGUGACAAGUACUUGGAGAGCAGUGCAACAUUUGCUGCUUAUGAACCCCUAAAGGCUCUAAAUCCUGUGGAAGUGGCAUUGGUGACAUGGCAGUCUGUGAAGGAAAUGGUAUUUGAAGGGGGUCCUCAUCCAUGGAUCUUGGAGCCCUCCCGAUUUUUUUUGGAAUUGAAUGCGGAGAAGACAGAGAAGAUUGGAAUAGCACAAGUGUGGCUGCCAUCUAAGAGAAAACAGAACCAGUAUAUCUACCGGAUCCAAUGCCUGGAUUUAGGGGAACAAGUUCUCACAUUCCGAAUUGGAAAUCAUCCAGGUGUCCUGAACCCUAGUCCAGCUGUAGAGGUUUUGCAGGUUCGCUUCAUUUGUGCCCACCCUGCCAGUAUGUCAGUAACUCCAGUAUACAAGGUGCCAGCUGGUGCCCAGCCAUGUCCUCUGCCACAGCACAACAAACGCCUGAUUCCUGUAUCAAGACUGAGGGACACAGUCCUGGAACUAGCAGUGUUUGAUCAACAUAGGAGAAAGUUUGAUAAUUUCAGUUCGCUAAUACUAGAAUGGAAAUCCUCCAAUGAAACACUAGCCCAUUUCGAAGAUUAUAAAUCAGUGGAAAUGGUAGCAAAAGAUGAUGGCAGUGGGCAGACCCGGUUACAUGGUCAUCAGAUCCUUAAAGUACAUCAGAUAAAAGGGACUGUACUCAUUGGAGUCAAUUUUGUGGGCUAUUCAGAGAAGAAACGCCCGAAAGAAAUUUCCAACUUGCCCAGAUCUAUAGAUGUGGAACUGCUCCUGGUAGAUGAUGUAGCUGUAGUGCCUGAGAAUGCCACCAUCUAUAACCACCCUGAUGUGAAGGAAAUAUUUAGCCUUGUGGAAGGAUCUGGUUAUUUUUUAGUCAACAGCAGUGAGCAAGAUGUUGUCACCAUCAUUUACAUGGAAGCAGAAAGCUCUGUUGAGUUAGUUCCAUUACAUCCUGGAUUUCUUAUCUUGGAGGUCUAUGAUCUUUGUUUGGCUUUCUUGGGUCCAGCAACAGCCCACCUCAGGGUGUCAGACAUACAAGAGCUGGAGCUUGAUCUGAUUGAUAAGGUUGAAAUAGGCAAAACUGUGUUAGUGACUGUGAGAGUUCUUGGCUCUUCCAAACACCCAUUCCAAAAUAAAUACUUCAGAAACAUGGAACUCAAACUGCAGUUGGCUUCUGCCAUUGUCACCCUGACGCCAAUGAAGGAACAGGAAGAAUACUCUGAAAAUUAUGUUCUUCGAGCUACCGCUAUCGGGCAAACCACACUUGUGGCUAUUGCCAGGGACAAGAUGGGAAGAAAAUACACAUCAACUCCUCGGCACAUUGAAGUGUUUCCUCCAUUCAGACUUCUUCCAGAGAAAAUGACACUGAUUCCAAUGAAUAUGAUGCAGGUAAUGUCUGAAGGUGGCCCCCAGCCCCAAUCCAUCAUUCACUUCUCCAUCAGUAAUCAGACCGUGGCUGUUGUUAAUAGGAGGGGGCAAGUUACAGGGAAGAUGGUUGGCACAGCUGUGGUUCAUGGCACCAUCCAGACAGUAAAUGAAGAUACUGGCAAAGUCAUUGUGUUUUCUCAGGAUGAAAUACAGAUUGAAGUUGUUCAGCUAAGGGCUGUUAGGAUCCUUGCAGCUGCAACUCGGCUGAUCACAGCUACCAAGAUGCCAGUUUAUGUCAUGGGAGUAACCAGUACCCAGACCCCUUUCUCCUUCAGCAAUGCUAAUCCUGGGCUCACAUUCCACUGGUCUAUGAGCAAAAGGGAUGUAUUGGAUCUAGUGCCCAGGCAUUCGGAGGUUUUUCUACAGCUUCCAGUAGAGCAUAACUUUGCCAUGGUUGUCCAUACAAAAGCAGCAGGCCGGACCAGUAUCAAGGUCACUGUUCACUGCAUGAACAGUUCUUCUGGGCAAUUUGAGGGGAAUUUGUUGGAACUCUCUGAUGAAGUACAGAUCCUGGUGUUUGAAAAACUCCAACUCUUCUAUCCAGAGUACCAACCAGAGCAGAUUCUGAUGCCUAUAAAUUCUCAGCUCAAACUCCAUACCAACAGGGAAGGAGCUGCCUUCGUGAGUUCUCGUGUUCUCAAGUGUUUCCCUAAUUCAUCCGUCAUUGAGGAGGAUGGUGAAGGGCUCCUGAAAGCUGGUUCCGUUGCAGGUACUGCUGUAUUGGAAGUCACUUCUAUAGAACCUUUUGGAGUCAACCAAACAACCAUAACUGGGGUCAAGGUAGCACCGGUGACAUACCUGCGAGUGAGCAGCCAAUCCAAGCUAUACACAGCCCAAGGAAGGACCCUGUCAGCAUUUCCCUUGGGCAUGUCUCUUACCUUCACUGUUCAGUUUUAUAAUAGUAUCGGAGAGAAAUUCCACACACACAAUACCCAGCUUUAUCUGGCUCUGAACAGAGAUGACUUGCUGCUUAUUGGACCAGGGAAUAAGAACUAUACUUACAUGGCCCAGGCUGUGAACAGAGGGCUGACACUUGUGGGGCUUUGGGACCGGAGACAUCCAGGCAUGGCAGAUUAUAUUCCUGUUGCUGUAGAGCACGCCAUUGAGCCAGACAUCAAGCUUACCUUUGUUGGAGAUAUCAUCUGCUUCAGUACUCACCUUGUCAGCCAGCAUGGUGAACCUGGGAUAUGGAUGAUUUCUGCCGACAAUAUUCUACAGACAGACAUUGUCACUGGAGUAGGAGUGGCCAGGAGUCCGGGGACUGCAAUGAUUUUUCAUGACAUCCCAGGAGUAGUGAAAACAUUUCGAGAGACACAGGGUCUCGCUAUAUUGUCCAGGCUGGUCUCAAACUCCUGGAUUCAGGUGGUGGUCAAUGCAUCAUCAAGAUUAAUGCUCAGUUAUGACCUCAAGACUUAUCUCACCAAUACCCUCAAUUCAACUGUAUUCAAGCUCUUCAUCACCACUGGCAGAAAUGGUGUCAAUCUUAAAGGAUUCUGUACCCCAAACCAGGCCUUGGCCAUUACAAAAGUACUUCUUCCAGCGACCCUCAUGCUGUGCCAUGUACAGUUCAGUAAUACUUUGCUAGACAUUCCAGCAAGUAAAAUCUUUCAUGUCCAUUCAGAUUUCAGUAUGGAGAAAGGGGUUUAUGUCUGCAUAAUCAAGGUUCGACCGCAGUCAGAGGAGCUGCUACAGGCCCUCAGUGUGGCUGACACCUCAGUCUAUGGGUGGGCUACACUGGUCAGUGAACGUAGCAAGAAUGGAAUGCAACGAAUCCUCAUUCCUUUCAUCCCAGCCUUUUAUAUUAACCAGUCAGAAUUGGUUCUUAACCACAAACAAGAUAUCGGGGAGAUAAGAGUACUGGGAGUGGACAGAGUUCUUAGGAAGCUAGAGGUCGUCUCCAGCUCCCCAGUUCUAGUGGUCGCUGGCCAUAGCCACUCUCCCCUCACUCCUGGCCUGGCCAUCUACUCUGUAAGAGUGGUCAACUUCACUUCCUUCCAGCAGAUGGCAUCACCUGUUUUCAUCAAUAUUUCCUGUGUACUCACCAGUCAAAGUGAGGCAGUGGUAGUGAGGGCUAUGAAAGAUAAGUUGGGUGCCGAUCAUUGUGAAGAUUCCGCCAUCCUCAAGCGGUUCACUGGCUCUUACCAGAUCCUGCUCUUGACCCUCUUUGCAAUGCUGGCAUCAACAGCUUUCAUCUUCCUAGCAUACAACGCCUUCCUAAACAAGAUACAAACAGUUCCAGUUGUGUAUGUACCAACUCUAGGAACACCACAGCCAGGUUUUUUUAACUCCACAAGUUCUCCCCCUCACUUCAUAAGUCUACAACCUCCAUUGGCCCAAAGUCGGCUGCAACAUUGGUUAUGGAGUAUAAGGCACUAACCUCUGCUUGGACAAGUUCCUUUCAACAGCAGGGUAAUGAAGAUUUCUAGUCCUCGACAAGAAGCCUAACAGCAACUUCUACAUUAAGUUUCCAGAUAACGCUUCUGAGAACUAUAAAUAAAGCAUCCUAAGCUGUUCCUUAAAA